ACAGCCAUCCUAAGCUUUGAGAGUGCGCUUGAAAGUUCUCUCCUCCUGCCUGCAAGAACCAUGGUCCCUCUGGCUGUCCUCUUCAUCCUCAUCAUUUCAGUACCUGGUUUGUUAGGAACUAGAGAAAAUGGAGCCGACAUUCCAACUUCCUGCUGCUUCUCUUAUAUCCAUCGCCAGCUCCCAUACCGCUUCGUGGCAGACUUCUAUGAGACCAGCAGCCUGUGCCACACUCCAGCCAUUGUCUUCCUCACCCACAAAGGUCACCAGAUCUGUGCCAACCCCCAAAAUGAGUGGGUACAAGAGUACAUCUUACUUCUGGAACAGAAAAUGAGGACUGAAUAAUGCCACUCCUACCUGGAUCAUUUCUACAAAAGUAUUCAACUUUCUCCACCUAAAAAAUAAAAUAUGGUUUCUAAAAU